GGAGGGAGCAGAGCAGCCCCCCCGCCCCAGCCCCCGAGCGUUAUCGCCCUCAUCCCCCCAUGCAAUACGAGCGAUAUAGCACAGCUCCCCGCCCCGCGCUCCCACGGACAGGCACCUGCAGGUGAGAAGUAAAUAUGUGUUUGGCAACACACAACUAUCAGUGCCAGGACCCUGUAAUCUAAACGGUGUCUUCAGCUGACUUCCCAGUGGCCAGGCACUAUUGAUCCUGUACCAUGGAGGACUGCCUUCACACCUCCUCAGAAAAUCUCUCCAAGCUGGUGAGCUGGGCCCACAGCCAUGGGACCAUCUGCAGCCUCAUCCCCAACCUCAAGCACCUGCUUUCUGAGGGGGCCCACGGCAACCUGACAGCCAUGUGGGGCUGUAGUGCUGGCCAUGCCUACCACUGGCCCCUGGCUGCCACUUGCCGGGCUGGUUCCCAGGAGCGUGUCUGCUUCCAGGAUAGCCGCAGCUUCAACUCGGACAGCCCCAGCAUGCUGGGGGUGCCAUCAGAGGCUCAGGCCAGCCCACUGGAGCGCUACCCAGGCCGGCCGGGGAAGGCCAAGCUGGAUUGCACCCGCACUCGUGACUCCUGUGACUUCUCCUACUGCAGCGAGCCGUCAGAGCUGGGCGAGCCUGUGGAGGAGUACGAGGAUGAGGCCACCCUCUUCGACAUGGUCUGUGAGUCCUCUGUCACCGACGAGGACAGUGACUUUGAGCCACACCCGCACCGUGCUCCCACUGGCCCCCGCAAGCGGCCGGCUGCCACAGCCCAGGCCCAGGCCCAGGCGCAGCCCGCCGAUGAGGGCGGCGGUGAUGUGCUCCUCAAGAAGAUCAAGCAGGAGCUCCCUGAGGACUACUAUAUAGUGGCCAAUGCGGAGCUGACAGCCGGCACCGAUGGGCCGGCCCUGGCCCUGACACAGAUGUCCAAGCCCAAGCCGCAGCCGCCAGCUGCGCCCUCCUGCCUGGGACCCAGCAGAACCGUGCCCCCACCGGCCGCAGGCCCCGACCCCGACCCGCUGCGCCCCUGCGCCUCCCCGCCUGGCCCGCCUCGCAUGGCCACACAGCGGCCACCCCGGGGACCCCUUGCCUCCCCGGCAUGGGGGGCAGGCGGUGGCCCUGUGGCUGCCCUGCAGGUGCCAGCCACCAGCUCCAAUGCCAUGACUACCACUGGGAUACCCAUCAGCAUCCCCCUCUCGGCCCUGCAGCUGCCUGGUAAGGAGGAGACACCGGUGGCUGCUGAGGAGACCCUGCCGUCCAUCACACAGCUGGCCCCAGGUGGUGAGGUGGCCGGCUCACCCCCGGUGGGCACCGAGCCUGAGGUCAGCUCCAGCCAGCAGCAAGCCCACACAGUGCCCACCACCACCCCUGAGGCAGCAGCGCAGCUGAUGCCAGACCAGGAUGAGAGAGCAGCAGAGCUCAGCAGGGAGCAGAAUGAGAAGACCAUUCGCAGCACACAGACAGCUCUCCGCAAUUUUCGAGAAUUCCUCAUUUCCAAGUACCCUUCUGAGACACGUGAGAUCUAUGUUAUCCCCUGCAAAGAGCUUGAUGCCUAUCUUGCAUCCUUCUUUGUGGAUGCCAGACAAAAGGAUGGGUCUGAAUAUGAACCAAACAGUCUGGCCAACUAUCAGUGUGGACUGGAGCGGUAUCUCAAAGAGCACAGGUAUGGAUACAGUAUUACAAGGGAUAAAGAGUUCAAGAGGUCCCAGGAAGCUCUAAAGCAAAAGCAGAUAGAGCUGAGGUGUAAAGGCAAAGGAAACAAGCCACACAAAUCCAUGAAGCUCACCUUUGCUGAUGAGCUUAUCCUGCGCAAAAGAGGCUUAUUGAGCAGGUACAAUCCUGAAGGGCUUCUGAACCUAGUGUGGCUGAACAACACUAAGGCGUUUGGACACUGCACGGGUUUCCAUGGGUCCACCCUCAAGUGGGGAGACAUCCGGCUGCGGGUGACAGAGACUGGGUUGGAGUACCUGGAGUGGAUGGGGCCAGACAACGGGGAUGUGAGUACCAAGAGCAAGAGAGGGGGGACGGACUCGCGGGUGUAUGCCACCCAGCACUCCCCACAGACCUGCCCCGUGCAGGACUACAAGGAGUACGCCCAGCGGCGCCCUCCGGCCAUGCGCUACGAGGAUGCGCCUUUUUACCUGUCCAUCAAACCCGUUGUCAACUUGGCUGCACUUCACUGGUACAAUUGCCAAGCCCUGGGGAAAAACAAGCUUGCCAAGAUGGUGAAGACGAUGUGUGAGAAAGGGAACAUCCCUGGCCGCAAGACCAACUUCAGUGUCUAUCAGAGCUGCAGCACCCUCUCAGAAGCUCAGAGCAACCAGCUGGUGCUGAUCUGCAAUAACUUGAGCCAGCAGGCUGCCCAGUCCAUGGCAAGCCACUCCAAUACUGGCAACUUCAUAGUGUCAGCAUCCUAUGACUCAUCAUCUGACACAGCUUGAAAGAACACUGAACACUUUUUUCUUUUCCUUUUUGUUUCAAGCAUUGAAUUUGUGCUCAAUAAUACACAUCAGCUGUGAUUGUACACUAUUCCCCCUCUCAGCCCUCUCUCCAGUAUUAAUUCACUUUAUAAGAAUAUAUAAACAUAUAAUAUAUUUUUCUUUCUACAAAUAAGUCAACAGAAAUAGUUUAGUAUUACUAACAGUAUUUAUAGUGUUAAUGCAAAAAUGAAAGGUACUUAUGGGUUAUAAUACGAAUGCAGAUUUUAAAAGGAUAGAAAUGGUUCUCAGGCAACACAAUAUAGACUGAAAAUACCAUUUUUAACAUGCACACAAUAAUGAGUGUAAAUCCCCAGGGGGGCUUACAUAGCAAUUCUGUUCUAAAGCAUUUUUUCAAUUUAGUAUUGUAACAUGACCUUCCACAGUGGAGGAGAAAAACUUAACAUUGGCUGCUGCUUCUUACCUGCUAGCUUAUUCUUGAUCAGCAAGACCAAGAAAUAAGAAAUACAUCAAUGUAAGUUCACAAAACCAUUUACAGCAUUUUUUGUCUGUUUUUAUUAUGUUUCCUGAGGCUCAUUUACAUUACAAAAACUCUGAAGUCAGCUAAAUGCCAUUUUUAACUUUUGGGUAUGUUGAUUUCCUGGGAUCAAAAUGUUGCUGGUGUUUAGGCUAAAAAGUAUUGUUUUCAACAAUAUGCAAAAGUAUAAUGGCAGUGCCAUUGUCACGCAUAAUUUUUCCUCUUUAGGCAUAGGUUGUUAGUAUUUUAUCAGUGUCUGUAUGUAAUGUAAAAUCUGUUGACAUAGAGCACUCUUUCAGUAUUUUGGGAAAACCAACAGUACAGAAUAAUCUGCAUUCUUAUCCCAGCUGUAUAGAAAAAUGGCAUCAACUAUGUCUUAAGCCAUCAUUUGAAAUCCACAAAACAAUUUCUACCAAAAUUUUUAAAGAAAUUCUAUAGAGAGGAAAAAGCUGGAUACUUUUAAGUGCUGGAACACCAAUCUAACUUAGCUGCACAUCUUCUGUUUCCAUUGCAGAUGAUGGAAAAUGUACACGUGAAUCUGAGGGUGCAGAAUUUGGACCUUAAAGCCUUGAAAUAACAAGUUCUACUGUUCUGCUUUGUAAUGUAAUUGUUCUACUACAAGUAUGGGAAAAACACUAACUCACUAUUUCAGUGAACAGUUAUAAUUCUUGACACUUAAAAUUAGGAACAGUACUUUUCAAGUAAAUAAACUUAGUUUAAGUUCCACUAGGAUGUGCUAGGGCUGUGGUGAGGCUUUAGAAAGUCUGCUGGAGUAAUCGAGUGCUUGCUGAAGUCAAUGAAAGAGACAACCAUGGCUGACUUCUGCUGGGUAUUGGACCAAACAGCCUUUGGAGAGGCUUUCUUGUUUUGCAAUUUUUAAUUGUUUUGUUUCUUUAUGCUUGUUUGUCUGUAUUUCUCACAUUCCUGCAUAUCCUUCAAAUUCUUUAGAACUGCAACUGUGCAAUGACUUUAAUUAUCACUAAUUCCAAAGAAGAGGUGAAAGAAAGGUAGCAAAUAGAAAUAGAAGUAACCCACCUAGCACCUAUAAACUUUUUUUUUCUGUGUUCCUAGGAUGAAAUGUUCCUGUGUGAGAGGGAGGUAGCAGAGUGUCUGCACCUCACUUAAGCCUUACUGAAGGUAUGUUUUGGGGAUGAAAUAGGUAGUAGAUGUGGCACUGAAAAGCCUAAGGGCAGAGAUUUCCACUAUAAUAAAUAUCUGUCCUCCCAGGAAGCUUUAUACAGGUGACACAGCCUGGCUGUGAUCUCUUUUUUUUCCACGUGUAGCAAGGCUGCUAAAAAGUCUGGUUUCCUGUGUCUGACACUCCAUGGUAGUGUAGCCACCAGUUCUACGGUCUUCCAUUUACCAUCCACUGUCUCAGGGUAGGCAGUGGUUUGGUGGGCACAAGCACUUGUUCAUAUUAUAGAGCCCACCUUUUGUAACUUGGCUUUGGGACUUGAGGCCAAAUUAUGACUCUACUGAAGUGAUUACAAGCUGUGUCUGUGACUUUCAGUGCCAUGGAAUAUCUGACUUGUUGGUGAAGGAGACAGAAGCAGAGAGAUUUCAGGUGAAGACAGAAAGACAGCUGCCCAGUUUCUAGAUGAGGCCAGACAUCUGAUUGCGGGUUGUACUGCCUUGCCUUUUCACAGCAGUGUUUUUAGUGUGAUACAGUGAAAAAUAGUUUUGGAAGAGCACUGUUGCUCUGGGAUUUCUUUACUGUUUUCCCACUGAGGACUCGUGGAGCGGUGCUUAGUAUGUGCUGGAUUGUGAGCAUUCCAUGCCAAGGACCUCUCUCAAAGUGCCAGGUGAGAGCUCAGCCGUGGAGCUGACCUCUAGGGAAGUCUGGUUUCUCUUCCUCCCCACUGUAACUCAUCUCAACACUUCCCAGUGACAGCUAUUGCAGUAUCUGACAUAGUUCCCAACGUUUCCUUUUCUGUUCUGCAGUGAGGGGAUGGGUAUCAGCUGGCCUAUGUGGGGCAGCAGAUCUGUUUCCCACCUCUCCUGUCCUGCCCAGCCCACACCUUUGCUCUGAGGAGGCCGGUCACAUGUGCUGUGCUGUGAGCAGCAUUUUGAAGUAGUGCUUCACAUCAGUGCUGUAAUUCAGCCUCAACACAGAUCUCAGAAGAGAGAAGACUGGCACUUCUGGGUUUUUAACUGAGAAGUCAAAAGAAGCAUUUCCCAUGACUUUUUGACUCUGCAUGCUGCCUAAGUUGUUGAUUACCACAGUAUUAGGAUGCUUUGUGCUGAUGUCUGGCAGCAGUGAGGCAGCAUCUCUGGUACCCUUGACUUAGCGGGGCACAUAAGCAACCUUUUCCUGUCUGGUUAGGGAAUAAGCACUGGUGUGUGUGUUCUUACUGUGAUAGCCUCAGUAUUAUCAUGAGGGCCCACCUGGAAUUGGAACAUGGAACGCCAACUGGAAUUAAAUCUGGCCAAGGACAUUAAGGACAACAAGAAGGAUGUCUGCAAAUACAUCAGUAACAAAAGGAAAAGGAAGGAUAAUGUGGGCCUGUUACUAAAUGAAGGAGGGACCCUGGUAACGGAGGACUUAGAGAAGGCAGAAUUACUGAACACUGCCUUUGCAAUGGUCUUCUCUGGCAACACCAGCCCUCAGGGAUCUCUGACACAGGAGAUCUGGGUAAAGGUAUGUUGGAAGGGAGACUUUCCCUUGGUCAAGGAGUGAAAAGUGUUGGAGAACACCUUGACAUCCACAAGUCCAUGGACCCUGACGGGAUGCAUCCACAAGUGCUUAGAGACUUGGUGGACCUGAGGCUGCCAUGAUCACCUUUGAAAGGUCAUGGAGAAGUGCCUGUGGAUCAAAGAAAGCAAAUGGUAUCCCAGUGAUCAAAAACUAAAAAGGGAGCCCAGGAAAUUACGGGCCAAUUAGCCACACCCCGAUCCCUGGAAAGGUGAUGAAGUGCCUCAUUCUGGAGGCCACUUCUGUCCACAGGAGAAGGUGAUCAGGAUAGUUAGCAUGGAUUCACUAAAAGUAAAUCAUGCUUGACCAACCUGAUUUACCUUUUACAAUUAAACAACUACCUGGAUGGAUGAGGGGAGAGCAGCAGAUCUUGUCUACCUCAACUUCUAGGGUUUUGACACUGUCUCUCAUAGACAAACUCAGGAAGAGUGGACUGAAUGGGAGGACAGGGAGGUGGAUUGAGAACUGGCUGAACAGCAGAUCCCAGACUCAUAAUCAGUGGCACAGGCUCUAGUUGGAGGCCUGUCUCUAGCUGUGUCUCCCAAUAUCCAGUAGUGGGCCCAAUCUUGUUUAAUUUAUACAUCAGUGACUUGGAUGAAGGGGCAGAGGCCUCCUCAGCACUUUCACUGACACACAAAGCUGGGAGGAGCAGCUGAUAGCCCAGAGGGCUGUGCAGCCCUUCAGAAGGACCUCAGCAGCCUGGAGAGAUGGGCACUGAGGAACCUCCUGAAAUUCAGCAAAGGCAAGUGCAGGGUCCUGCACCUGGGCAGGAACAAGCCCAGGCACCAGCACAGCCUGGGGGUGACCUGCUGGGAAGCAGCUCUGUAGAGAAGGAGCUGCGGGUCCUGCUGGACAACAAGCUCUCCAUGAGCCAGCAGUGCCCUGGUGGCCAGGGCCAGUGACAUCCUGGGCUGCAAUAUGAGCACAGUGCCAUCAGGCUGAGGCAGGUGACCCUGUCCCUCUGCUCAGCUCUGGAGAGGCCUCACCUGGAAUGCUGUGUCCAGUUCUGGGCUCCUCAGUACAAGAGAGACAUGGAACUCCUGGAGCAGGUCCAGUGGAAGCCAACAAAGAUGAUUAAGGCACUGGGGCAUCUCUCUAGUCACACACAGGAACAGAUUGCCCAGAGAAGACUCACCCUCAGUGGAGAUACACAAGAAUUAUGGAAACAAUCCUCUACUAUGUGCUUUAGGAUGACCUUGCUUGAACAGGGAGCUUGAAACAGAUGACACACUGUGGUUCCUUACAACCUUACCCAUACUCUGAUUCUGUGAUUAUUGGAAUAGAUAUAUUUGUGAUAUCUGUAGUAACUCCGGCAGUGAUUAUAGCAGAUUGCCUGGUAAGUUCUGGUGGGGCAGUCCCACACAGACUAUUUGUUGAAGAAGUUAACACAUAUGGACAGAAUAUGAUACCUAUGUAAUAUAGUACAAAAAUAAACUUACUAGUUUUGAAGGGCAUUUAAUACAACCUAUUAUUCAGUCUUUAUUUGUGGACAGUUAAAGGAAUUGAGCCACCAAAGUUUGUCUAAUUAAGGCUGUGAAAUCAUUUGUAUUAAGGCUGUGAAAUCUUAUUCACUGUCUGGGAGAGAGACUUUGGGUUUAAACUGCUCUCAUGAUUUUGUCUAAUACUGGUAGGAGAGUACGUGUCUUAAUCUCUUUAUUUUAGGGGAGAGAGAACAACUCCAUUAUUUUGACUGAGGGUAUCACACCUGCUUUGGCAGCAAGUUGCAAGCUCACAGUGAUGUUGUGCACCUUCCCUGGUGCUAAGAUACAGCAGUGUGCCCACGGGUUAGUGCUGCCAAGUCUUACCAUCCUAUCCUUCUGGCUAAACGAAGAACUGUGGUCUCCUGCCUUGGCUUUUGUUACUGAGCACCUCCUACCAUGAACUCAAGAGCUGGCUGGCAAAACACUGUCCUGCUCAUGUCCAGCACAGGCUGUAUGAUGAUAAUUGGGUACAGUGGCUACAGUGAGGCACUGCAGGUUGGUGGCUGUACUCCUGACUACAUCAUACUCUGAUGUAAAAGGUGAGCUUUUGCCCCAUAGUGAAGCUGUGAUUUCCUUAAGAUGAGUAUAGCUGGCUCCAAAAUGGGGCUUGCUUUUCUCCUUUUUCCUUCAUUUUUUUCCUGCCAUUCACCUUUCUUCAACUUGAUGUUAGACCUCGUCAGUGAGUGAUUUCAACUCAGCUCCCCAGCAGAAAACAGAGCAAAAUAAAAGGGGGAAGUCAGAUAAUUUUCUGCCAACAUACUGAGCUGAAUCUGCUAACAAGUUGAGGUGCAGACUCCAUCAGGGAGACAGAGGAUCUGUCUGGGAGUCUACCAGCAUCACAGAGUCAUUAGCUUGGCUCAGCUACUACAUCCCAUUAGAAACUUAUCAAAAGGAUAAUGCAGAUUCAGACCCUUCUGGAUCAUUUGUAGUGUAUUAGAUGCCUUCAGAAUUAUCUACUGGCUUUUGGGAGAUUUGCUCAGUGCUACCAGAGCAAAAUUUGGCCUUGAACUUAAAAGGCUGAGUGCCAAAGCACAGGCCUACACAGUGCAAAGGGGUCUCCACUAAUGUUAGUGCUGACUUUCCCACGUGGCCUUCUCAGGACACCACAAUAAGAGUCAAACAUGGGGAUUAUAUGUGGAUAUCACUGGACUGAUCUGGAUGCACCUGUGCACAAUACCUGCAUUUGGAUCUGUUCACAUGAUUGCACAUGUAGAUGGGCAGAGCUGUAGACACUUUGGAUGGUGUAAGCUCUGUUUUUUUAGUCAUCCAUGCAUGUAUUUAUGAUGUCGUGGUUUUGCACAAUGUUACGUCUUCAUGCAGUUAGUUGAAACUGAAGUCUGUGAUGCCCGGGUGUCACAAACUGCCUGUUUUAUUUUCAAAAAUGUAUUUAUGCAACAAAAUGUAUUUUUAAGUGCAGGAGAAUGAAAUACUGUCAUGAACUACUCUGUAAACUAAAUUCCAAGGGAUAUCUAAAAUAACAGCAUAUACCUUGUUUACUUGCAUAA